AUGCCCGCCGCGCUCCCGCUCGCCCUCCCACCACCCCAGCGCGCCCCUGUCCCCGCUCCCUCACAUGCCGCGCUGCCGCCCCGCGCCUCCCAUGCGGCGCCUCUUCUCCGCCAGCCCACGCUGCCUACUCGCGCCGCGCCCCUCUUGCGCCCUCCUUCCCCCUCCAUUCCGAGCGUGUCCGCCAGCGCUCCUUUCACAGCCCACGCAAGCGCGCGGUGCGCAAUUGGACCCGUAGAGUCCAGUCGCCAAUUAAACCGUUUAGGGGCGCUCUCACCGCGCCGCAUGCCGAGCGGCGCGUCUCUCGCUCCUUUCCCCGCCUCCUCCGCCGCCCGUCUCAGCAGCGCCAGCAGCGUGUGGCUUUCAGGCUCCUCCAGCGCGCGCCCACUUCCCGCGCGCACCUCAACUCCGCCACUCGCGCCCUCCCCCUUCACCCGCCACUCCGCGCUCCUCCUUCCGCGCCCCGCCGUUGCGCCCAACGGCCGCGGCGGAGGGCGCAGAGGCGAUGGGCGCGUGGUGUGCGGGAGGGUGAAGCGGGGCGGCGACAGCAGCGCGGAGGGGCCGGCGGCUGGCGCGGGGGCUGGCAGUUCUGGCGGCGCUGGUGGCGCUGACAGUGGCGGAGGCGGUGGGAGGCCCACUGACGGCGGAAGCAGUACCGGCGGGGGCGGUAAUAAUGGCGGCGGCAGCGGUGGUGGCGGAAGGUCAGGCAGGUCGAGUGGCAGCGGCGGCAGCAAGCCGUCAACGCCACCAGAAAGUCUCAACGGAAGCGCCUCCCCUGCCCUUCCGCCCACCCCGCCCCCUCCGCGCCAAUCCUCCCCCGGCCCCUCUUCCCGCUCCCCAAAGGCCCCCACUGCGUCUGACCCGCCCCGCCCGCCCCCCACCCCCACCCCCACCCCGCCCCUGGCGGCGACGAGGCGGCGGCGGCGGCGCGAGCGCGGCGUGGGGUGGCGGCGGGUGGCGUGGGCGCUGGCAGCGGCGCUGCUGUGGGGCGGGGGGGCGUACGCGCAGCAGAGGGCGCGGCAGUACGUGCAGGCGCGCGUGCUGCCCGUGGUGGAGGCGGCUGUGAGCGCACAGGCGGGCAGGCAGGUGGCGCUGGGGCGCGUGCAGCAGCUGCUGCCGUGGGCUGUGAGCGUGGGGCCCGUGUCCAUCGGCCCUGCUGCCUCUGAGUUCUCCUGCGCCCAUGCAGAUGCCGUGCAAGUGCGGCUGCACCCGGUGGCGUCGGUGGCGCAGCGGCGGGUGGUGGUGGGGGCGCAGGUGCGUUGCGCCACAGUGCUGGUGGCGCAGCAGCCCGACUGGACGUGGCUCGGCAUCCCCGCUGACAUCGACGCCCCCGCCUCCCCCUCCUCCUCUGCCCCUCCCCUCUCCGCCCGAGCCUCCCUGCAACGCCAGGCUCGGGACGCAGCCUCGGUGGCAGCAGCGGAGGAGAGGGACAGGCUUGCGCUGCGAGGGGCACAGAUUGAGUACCGAGGGGAGGGGGGCGCGCAGGGGGCGCAGGGACUGGGGGGGAGGGGAGGGGAGGGCGAGGCGGGUGCAAAAGGGGAAGGGAGAGUAGUUGGGGGCAGGGAGGUGGGUGGGGGUGGGCGGAGGGUGGAGUGGGAGUGGGUGGAGGAGCAGCAGCGGGCAGCGGAGAGGGCAGUGAGCAACGUGCUGCGAGCAGCAGUGGAGGCGCUGGGGUGGCAGGGUGAUGGUCUUUUAAGGAGGGGUGGAGAUGGUAGCAUGAGCACGGAAGGGACAGUUGCAGCAGUUGGUGGAAGAGAGAGUGAAGGUAGAAAAAGUGAAGCAAGAAGCGUGGAUGCAUCGUCAGCAGCGGGCGGAGGGAGGGAGGCCGAGGGCAGCAGGGGCGCAGGUGAGGGGGAGGGCAGCGAGUCGGCGCUGAGAGAUGCUCUGGCGCUCGCCAUCCGCCAGCGCAUGGCCGCCCACGUGGGGGGAGGGCUCGUGGACGGCCAGGUGGCAGGGCAGGUGGGGGAGCAGGGCGAGAGAAAAGGAGUGGGCGUGGAGCACGAGGGGGGGUUGAGAGGGAGUGGAACGAGAGAGGUGGUGGAGGCACAGGGGGCGUGGGGCGGAGCAGCAAGGAGGGAGGAGGUUACAGACAGGGGGCUUGCCCCAUUCACUGCUGGUGCCGCCACUGACCGUGCCAUGGACCUUCCCCUUUCUGCUGGCCGUGCUUCUCCCGUGCAACAGCAGCCGGCACAGGCACAGCAGCACAAGGGCCAGGCAUCGCCAGAGGACUUGCAGCAGAGGCAGCAGCAGGCAGAGGUGGCGGUACAGGUGGAGCGGGCACCUCACAGUGCUGCCGAGCCCCUGCAGCCACUGCCAUCACCAGCACGCAUGUCAAAGGGGGGUUGCCGGCGCCUGUGUGUGCGCGCGAGUGGGCGCUGCGCAAGCUGCACCCAGCGCACGGACGAGGGGGGGCAGAGGUGCAGGGAGGGAGAGGAGAUGGCAGCGAGGUGGGGGAGAAGGGCACGCAUGUCAGAGCCACGGGUGGUGGAGCACAUAGAUGCGCAUGUGACCUUCCCCGCGCUGCCCCACUCCUACAAGCGCAUCAAGGUCGACGCCCACGGCUCCCUCCGCCCCCCCCGCAACUUCCAGCCUGCCCCCUCGCAUGCCACCCCUUCGCCCACCACCACUGCCUCUUCCUCCUCCUCCUCAUCGUCGUCCCCCCAGCCCCCCGGCAGCAGCGGCAAGGGAAAGCGCUUCUCCACGCCUUUCCACAUGAUGCCUGGCGAUGCAGCUGCAGGGCGGAAGGAGGUGGAAGGGGGAGCAGAGGGGGGAGCAGGCGAGGGGGGAGGCGGGCUGCUGCGAGUGGCAGUGGAUGUGGACGAGGACAAGCACGAGUGGGCUGUCACUGUCACCGCACACAACCUCUUUGCACCUGUGAUGGAGCGGCUGCUGGAGAUCCCACUGGAUUGGUACGGCGGGAGGGCAGACGGGCAGGUGCAGCUGUGGAUGGGGGCGGGGGAUUCGUUCCCCAACUUCAAGGGCAGGGUGGACAUCAGAGACCUCGCCUUCCAAAUAUGGGAGUCCCCCUGUGCCUUCACUCGCAUGAUUGUUUCGCACAUCCCUUCUCUGCCGUGCCAUCCCCUCUCCGCCUGUGCAUCGACGUGCUCCGCGGGCGAGCAGGGAGUGAGCGGGGCAGUGGUGCUGGAGGGGCAGCGGCUGUUCCUGCACGGGGUGGAGGGGCGGUACGGCCACGUGCCACUGAGGGCGUCGGGGGACAUGGACCUCAACCAGGGCGCGGGCGGGCAGUACCGCAUCACAGCGCAGGUUCAACCAGUGGAGGCGAAUCUGCUCAUGAAGACACUCAAUGCCAAGCCCCUGCCUUACCCUCUGGCAGGGAGCCUGCAAGGACUGCUCUUUUGUCGCGGGCCUCUCGAUGCGCCGAUCUUUGAGGGCACUGCUGAGCUGGCAGCAGAUCCUGCUGACGUGGAUGCAGCUGUUGCUGCAGUGGCGGAGCUGCAUGGGGUGCGGGCGGUGCCGGUGGGAGGGGGGGAGAUUCGAGGGGCGGGGACGCUGUGGGUGUGUCCUCAGGCAGAGGCGGAUCCAUCGGCGGUGAGUGUGGACUGCUGGGCGGCGGGGGUAUCGCUGGACCGUCUGCUCGCCUUCUACCUGCCUCCCGCCACCGCUGCACCGCCCUCGCUGCUCGGCCUCGCCUCAGGCGAAGCCGCCUUCAGAGGCUCCCUGCUCUCCCCCACGGUGGAGGCGGCAUGGAAGGCACCGCAGGCGAGGGGCCCAUUGGAGGGGAUGAGGGGGUCGGUGGCGCUCACGAGGGACACAGCCCACGCCGCCACCCACGCGCACGCCCUCGACCUCCUCCUCUCCGCCUCCGUCUCCGCCCCUCCUCCCUGCCCCACCCCCCCGCGCCCUCCCCGCGGUGCUGCUCGCCCGUGGCCGGUGCUGUCGAGGGAGCUGCCCCCGCUGCCUCCGCGCCCGCGGGUGGAGCGUGUGGAGGCAGAGUCGCGCCUGAGGGCCUUCGACGCCCUCGCGCUGCUGCCCGCUGUCCCCGUGCCCGUGCCGCCCCCGCAGCCCUCCCUGCGGCACCUGCGGCUGUCGGGGCGCUUCAAGCUGUCAGCGCGCGUGCCGUGGGGCAGCGAGGUGCAGCCAGGGGCGGUGGACGAGGCAGGGGGGGAUGGAGGAGCGAGGCAGGAGGCAGAGGCGGGGCUGCCAGGGCUGGAGGGGAGUGUGCUCAUUCAAGGGCUGAAGCUGAACCAGCUGCUGCUGGGGGCGAACCUGUCAGGCGGCGUGGCUGUGAGUCCCCAUGGCUUCAACCUGCACACUGUGGGCCGCGGCGAUGAGCAGCUCAUUCUGCAGCUCUCAGCUAAUGGCGUGCUGCCAGCUGUCCCUACAAUCCCGCAUGCCUCGUCGUCCUACAUGCCACAGGCGCAGGCCUCCGAGGCGGCCUUCCCUCUCUUCGAUGUGGGAGCUGCUGCACCAGCAUCAAGCAGUGCGGGCGGCGGUGUAGGGGGCGUAGCGGGGGGGGCGGUGAGGGUGCAGCGGGGGCAGAUGAGUGUGGAGGGGCAUGUGCGCGUGGGGGCGACAGCAGCGCUGGAGGUGAGGGCGCUGCCGCUGGACGAGUUGGAGCUGGCGUCGCUGCGCGGGCUGGUGGAGCGCGCCGCUGUGCGCCUCAACUUCGCCAAGCGCCGCGGCCACGGCUCCCUCGCAGUGCGGCGCCCGCGCUUCAGCGGCAUGCUCUGUGACGCCCUGCAUGCUGCCUUCCGCUGGACCGGCGACGUGGUGACUCUGGAACGGUCGGUGCUGGAGCAGGCAAACAGCCGGUACGAGGUGCAGGGGGAGUAUGUGCUGCCGGGGAUGAGGGAGUGGGACAGGGAGCGCGACAGGGACAGAACCACCUCCUCCCACUCAGCCUCCACGCCCACCCCCGACGCUGCUGCCACUGCGGCUGCCGCGGCCUCGGAGCGUGGCGUGGACACGGAGUGGGGCGGGGGCGGGCGGCAGGGGGCGAUGCGGGGGCAGCUGCAGGCCAUGAUGACGUCCAUCGGCCGCUGGCGCUUGCGCCUCGACGUGCCGCACGCUGACGUGAGCGAGAUGCUGCCGGGGCUGCGCAUUCUGUCGCGCAGCCACGACCCGGCCGUGCUGCUGCGCUCCAAGGAGCUCUUCCUGCACGGCAUCGAGGACGUUGGCUUCUCCUCCCACUCCCUGCAGCACCAGCUCGAGUAUGUGCGGGAGAAGAGGGAGCGCGAGUGGGAGCCAGCGGGCACGGACGUGGGCGGGGGGUUGGCAGCGGAGGCGCUGCCAGGGCUGGUGGACCUGCGGGGUCGCUGGCACGGGGUGCUGGAGGCCAGUGGGGGCGGCAACGGCGACACGUCGGCGUCGUUCGACGUGCACGGCAGCGACUGGGAGGCGGGCAGGUACCGCCUGCAGCAGCUGCAGGCGCGGGGGCGGUACAGCAACACGGGGGGGCUGCAGGUGGAGCGGCUGCUGCUGCAGAAGGACGACGGUGCCACGGUGCAUGCGGACGGCACUGUGUUUGGCCCCGCGCCCAGCCUGCACUUCGCGCUGCUCAACUUCCCCGCCCACCUCGUCCCCACCUUCCUGCAAGCCCUCCACGCCGCUGCACCCUCCCAGUCCUCCGCUGCUGCUGCUGCCUCUGGUGCGCCGUUCCCCCCCCCGCCCCCCGUGGGCGUGCAGCAGGCGGCAGUGAGGGGCGUGGUGCACGUGGAGGGCGACCUGUCGGGCUCCUUCGCCCAGCCGCAGUGCGACGUGCAGCUGCGGCUGCUGGACGGGGAGAUAGCGGGGGUGGCGCUGGGGCGGGCGGAGGUGGCGGCGUCGCUGACGAGGGCGUCGCGGCUGCUCUUCCACGCGGUGCUGGAGCCCGCAGUGGACGCCGGCCAGGUGCGCAUCAAGGGCAACGUGCCGCUGCCACCGCUGCAGGCUGGGCAUGCAGGGCAGGCGGCUCAGGCAGGGCAGGAGGUGCAGGGCGCAGGCAGGGACAUGGGCGGUGGAGGAGGGAGGAUGGUAGUUUCUGGUGGAGGCAGAGUGCAGGAGAAGCGGAGGGGCAAGGCAGGCGAGAAGAAGCAGAAGGCGGGUGUGGAUGCGACACAGAAGAAGGAAGGCGGCGGUGCAGCGCGGGAGGGCAGCCGGCUGUGGCAUGACUGGGACUGGCUGGACAAGGAGGGCGGGCUGUGGAGCAACGGCACGGGGAGUGGCGAUGGUGGCGAGGCUGAGGAGAAGGUCAAGAAGGAGGAAGAGGAGGAGGAGGAAGAGGAGGAGGAGGGGGAAGGGGAGGGGGAGGGUGCGCAGAAGGGGCCGGAGCUGCUGCGCAGCCUGGUGGAGCUGGAGCGGGCGUUUGAGGGCGAGGAGCAGGCGGAGCAGAUGCAGGUGGAGGCCAGUGUGCAGGACGCUGGCAUGAUGCUGCUCACCGCGCUCUCCCCCUCCUUCCGCUGGAUCCACGGCCACGCCGCCAUCUCUGCUCAGGUGAGAGGCACGGUGGCGCGGCCAGAGGUGGCGGCGGAGGCGGUGUUCAGCCGUGUGACGGCGUCGUCCCCCGUGCUGCCGCGCCCACUCACGGGCGGGGGGGGGCGCAUCCGCAUCGCAGCGCAGCAGCUGCUGGUGGACGGGCUCGAGGGGCGCGUGGGGCGCCGCGGCACCCUGCGUGUCGAGGGCUCUCUGCCCCUCGGCCUGCCCGCACACGAGGGGGGGGGAGCCAUCCGGCUGUCACGCGGCAUCGCGUACCUGUCGCAGGAGAAGGACCGGGCCGACACCCCCCCCUCCCCCUCCGUGCCCUCCUCGCUGCUGCCCUCCCACCGCCGCAAGACACCUGCACUCUCUGCUGCUCCCUCCAGUGCCCCUCCUGGCAAGUCAGCAGCACCUGAUUGGCUGCCGGCGAUGUCCUCCACGGCAUCAUCUUCAGCCAUGAAGCUGCCGGCGUCAGCGCCACAGCAAGGUGCGCCCUUCCCACUCCCUCCACUUCCGCCAUCCCCUGCACCAAUUUUAACCGACUGGCUCAGUCCUCUUUUGGCCUACACGCCACUCUCCUGCCUCACUUGCUUCACUGCCUUGUUUGCUCGUUCCCAACUAACUUCCCUCAGUCAUGUGUGCCCUCUUCCUCCACUUUCCCAUGCAUUGUGUUCUUCUUCACGUCCCUCCCUACAUAUCUUCCUGCCAUCACGGCCAUCAGAGAGCACGUCAUCGCCGCUAUCUGCCACCACUGCCACCGCCGCCUCUGCUGCCACUACAGCAGUGCCGCCUGUGCCGCUGCCAGCACCCCCUGACCUCGCGUCUGCGCCAUCGGCGCCGGCAGCGCUGGUGCGGCUGCGGGGGCUGCAGGUGGCGCUGGGGCCGGAGCUGCGCGUGGUGUACCCGCUCAUCCUCAACCUCGCCACGCGCGGCGACCUGCACCUCAAUGGCUUCGCCGACCCACGCCUCGUGCGCCCCUCCGGCACACUCUUCUUCGAGAACGGCGAAGUCAACCUCGUUGCCACCCAGGUCCCACCCCCCUCUCCUGCCACCCAGGUCCCACCCCCCUCUCCUGCCACCCAGGUCCCACCCCCCUCUCCUGCCACCCAGGUCCCACCCCCCUCUCCUGCCACCCAGGUCCCACCCCCCUCUCCUGCCACCCAGGUCCCACCCCCCUCUCCUGCCACCCAGGUCCCACCCCCCUCUCCUGCCACCCAGGUCCCACCCCCCUCUCCUGCCACCCAGGUCCCACCCCCCUCUCCUGCCACCCAGGUCCCACCCCCCUCUCCUGCCACCCAGGUCCCACCCCCCUCUCCUGCCACCCAGGUCCCACCCCCCUCUCCUGCCACCCAGGUCCCACCCCCCUCUCCUGCCACCCAGGUCCCACCCCCCUCUCCUGCCACCCAGGUCCCACCCCCCUCUCCUGCCACCCAGGUCCCACCCCCCUCUCCUGCCACCCAGGUCCCACCCCCCUCUCCUGCCACCCAGGUCCCACCCCCCUCUCCUGCCACCCAGGUCCCACCCCCCUCUCCUGCCACCCAGGUCCCACCCCCCUCUCCUGCCACCCAGGUCCCACCCCCCUCUCCUGCCACCCAGGUCCCACCCCCCUCUCCUGCCACCCAGGUCCCACCCCCCUCUCCUGCCACCCAGGUCCCACCCCCCUCUCCUGCCACCCAGGUCCCACCCCCCUCUCCUGCCACCCAGGUCCCACCCCCCUCUCCUGCCACCCAGGUCCCACCCCCCUCUCCUGCCACCCAGGUCCCACCCCCCUCUCCUGCCACCCAGGUCCCACCCCCCUCUCCUGCCACCCAGGUCCCACCCCCCUCUCCUGCCACCCAGGUCCCACCCCCCUCUCCUGCCACCCAGGUCCCACCCCCCUCUCCUGCCACCCAGGUCCCACCCCCCUCUCCUGCCACCCAGGUCCCACCCCCCUCUCCUGCCACCCAGGUCCCACCCCCCUCUCCUGCCACCCAGGUCCCACCCCCCUCUCCUGCCACCCAGGUCCCACCCCCCUCUCCUGCCACCCAGGUCCCACCCCCCUCUCCUGCCACCCAGGUCCCACCCCCCUCUCCUGCCACCCAGGUCCCACCCCCCUCUCCUGCCACCCAGGUCCCACCCCCCUCUCCUGCCACCCAGGUCCCACCCCCCUCUCCUGCCACCCAGGUCCCACCCCCCUCUCCUGCCACCCAGGUCCCACCCCCCUCUCCUGCCACCCAGGUCCCACCCCCCUCUCCUGCCACCCAGGUCCCACCCCCCUCUCCUGCCACCCAGGUCCCACCCCCCUCUCCUGCCACCCAGGUCCCACCCCCCUCUCCUGCCACCCAGGUCCCACCCCCCUCUCCUGCCACCCAGGUCCCACCCCCCUCUCCUGCCACCCAGGUCCCACCCCCCUCUCCUGCCACCCAGGUCCCACCCCCCUCUCCUGCCACCCAGGUCCCACCCCCCUCUCCUGCCACCCAGGUCCCACCCCCCUCUCCUGCCACCCAGGUCCCACCCCCCUCUCCUGCCACCCAGGUCCCACCCCCCUCUCCUGCCACCCAGGUCCCACCCCCCUCUCCUGCCACCCAGGUCCCACCCCCCUCUCCUGCCACCCAGGUCCCACCCCCCUCUCCUGCCACCCAGGUCCCACCCCCCUCUCCUGCCACCCAGGUCCCACCCCCCUCUCCUGCCACCCAGGUCCCACCCCCCUCUCCUGCCACCCAGGUCCCACCCCCCUCUCCUGCCACCCAGGUCCCACCCCCCUCUCCUGCCACCCAGGUCCCACCCCCCUCUCCUGCCACCCAGGUCCCACCCCCCUCUCCUGCCACCCAGGUCCCACCCCCCUCUCCUGCCACCCAGGUCCCACCCCCCUCUCCUGCCACCCAGGUCCCACCCCCCUCUCCUGCCACCCAGGUCCCACCCCCCUCUCCUGCCACCCAGGUCCCACCCCCCUCUCCUGCCACCCAGGUCCCACCCCCCUCUCCUGCCACCCAGGUCCCACCCCCCUCUCCUGCCACCCAGGUCCCACCCCCCUCUCCUGCCACCCAGGUCCCACCCCCCUCUCCUGCCACCCAGGUCCCACCCCCCUCUCCUGCCACCCAGGUCCCACCCCCCUCUCCUGCCACCCAGGUCCCACCCCCCUCUCCUGCCACCCAGGUCCCACCCCCCUCUCCUGCCACCCAGGUCCCACCCCCCUCUCCUGCCACCCAGGUCCCACCCCCCUCUCCUGCCACCCAGGUCCCACCCCCCUCUCCUGCCACCCAGGUCCCACCCCCCUCUCCUGCCACCCAGGUCCCACCCCCCUCUCCUGCCACCCAGGUCCCACCCCCCUCUCCUGCCACCCAGGUCCCACCCCCCUCUCCUGCCACCCAGGUCCCACCCCCCUCUCCUGCCACCCAGGUCCCACCCCCUCUCCUGCCACCCAGGUCCCACCCCCCUCUCCUGCCACCCAGGUCCCACCCCCCUCUCCUGCCACCCAGGUCCCACCCCCCUCUCCUGCCACCCAGGUCCCACCCCCCUCUCCUGCCACCCAGGUCCCACCCCCCUCUCCUGCCUCCCCGCCAUUCUUCCUUCUCAUGCCCCUUUGCCAUCCUCCCUUCUCAUGCCUCACUAUGCUCCCUUGUCACACCGGACCUGCCCAUACCCCUGUGCCGCGUGUGUCAUGUGCAGCUGCGGCUGAACCGCGACCACCCCAACUGUGCGCGCUUUGAGGCGGCGCUGGGCAUGGACCCGCUGCUGGACCUGAAGCUGGUGGGGGCGGACUGGCAGAUGCGCAUCCAGGGCCCGGCCAACCGCUGGCAGGACCACGUGGUGCUCACCACGCUGCCGCGCGGCGGCGAGGAGGACGUGCUGUCGCCCGCCGAGGCGGCGCGGCUGUUUGAGAGCCAGCUGGCGGAGUCGCUGCUGGAGAAGGACGGCCAGCUGGCGCUCAAGAAGCUGGCGGCCGCCACCGUGGAGACCCUCAUGCCCAAGAUCGAGAGCCGCGGGCAGUUCGGGCAGGCGCGGUGGCGCCUGGUGAGCGCGCCGCAGAUCCCGAACCUGCUCUCGCUGGACCCCACCUCCGACCCCUUCCAGUCCCUCGCCAACCUCUCCUUCGGCGCCGAGGUGGAAAUCCAAAUCGGCAACAACCUUCAGGCAUCUGUGGUGCGGCAGCUACGCGAGAGUGAGAUGGCAACCCAAUGGAAACUGCUAUACCAACUCAACUCCCGCUUGCGUCUUCUCUUCUCAUCCUUGUCCUCCGUUGAGAAACGACUUUUGUUUGAAUACUCUGCGUCCUCACAGAAUUGA